AAGGGAAGAGGAAAGGGACUAGUAAAGAGUGACUAUGAAAAGGUUCAUUCAUCUAGCAGGCGCUGAAGCGAAGACAACUUAAGGCUUGCAGCAGCCUGUGUAUCAGAGGUGGGAGCAUAUCCUUUGCACAGGGACUGUAUGGGGAGCUACAUCUCCUUCGGGAGCAACGUAUGGGGACAGCCUUCACGUCCCUUCAUCACAUCACUAGCUUGUCCUACCGACAAGUGGUGGCAGUGUCAGACAGCUGGCGAAGGAAACUACUGAAACCCUAGGGAAAAACAGGAUGGAAUGCCAUUUCGCUUCAUUUUAACUCCUGCAGAACUGAUGAAAUCACCGUGCUGGUCAGGAGCAGGUAGCAGGGACAAACUAUUGGGAUCCCGGUACACAGUUAGCAUAUACUUUUCGGAAUUACACGCAGAGCAGGAGCAGAAGUGUUGGGAUCACAGCGCGUGGCCCUUGUGCAGAAGUGCUGGGGUCUGGGCACAGGCAGAUCUGUUGGAAACACUUUGGAAGUUUAACAGUUCAAUAAAAAAAGCUGUUAAAAUCGCAAUACAUAUUUGCGGAACUGUUGGAAACAGUGCCCAGGAACAGAACUAAUGGAAUCCCAGUACAAGCCGCAAAAGAACUAGAUCCCAAGAAAAGAGUUACAACAGGCUUGUUACCAAGGAGCAAAAAUAUUGAUGCCGCCUAACCAGCCUGUCAGAACUUUUAUGGAGUCGUAGUAGACAGGACACCAGCUGGGAUUCCUGCAUAUGCUAGGAUAGUCUUCAUGUGUCUAUGUAUCUCAGGAAAAAAAACUGCUGGAAUACCAGUGUUAUAGACAGUGCAGAGAAUCCUGCCACUUUCUUUUUACCGGAUCAACGAGAGUUGUUAGAAAUAGUUGCAUACAAAGUAAUCAAAAGGAACGGCUGGAAGUGCUAAUGCACCUAGCUGAGCCGAGGGCACAGGAGAUUCCAUUUUAAGAGGGCAGGUGAAGUUCAUCUGGACCUUGUGAAGAAGAGCAUCUUCCGUGCUGGUGUCGUUGUGCAACAUGUGCUAAGGUUCUGUCACUAGCCGGGUGCAUGGACAGGGCUUAUGGAACUGAGGCUACGGCUUCCUACUCGUCUGGAUGCGGCUUCUUUGGGCUCGCUGAAGAAAAACGCCCUGCUAUUGCUCGUAAUGUUUACUCUGUGGGUCUACCUAUUUUAUUACAGUGUGGGUACUUGCAAUCCCUUGCCAAUGGACACUACCCGAGGGGUAAGUUCGGGGGCUCCAGUACCCAGCCUCCUCUCUAGGGUGCUAGUUCGAGCCCCGAGUUGGACGCCUGAGGUCGGUGUACCUGCUAGGGCUUCUUCCAGGGACUUGCUGCAGGACGAGGGUCCUGGUCAAAGGGAGCAGAGUGGCUCCGCCUCGGACACUAUUCCUAUUUCAACAUUCUACAACGGUUCUGGUACUAAGAAGCUGCCUCAGGCCAUCAUUAUUGGGGUGAAAAAGGGGGGCACACGGGCUCUGCUUGAGUUUUUGCGGGUGCACCCAGACAUUCGAGCAGUUGGUGCAGAGCCACAUUUCUUCGAUCGGAACUAUGACAAAGGUUUCCGAUGGUACAGGGAUUUGAUGCCAAGAACACUUGAUGGACAAAUCACCAUGGAAAAGACUCCCAGUUACUUUGUCACCAAGGAGGCACCUGCCCGUAUUUGUGCAAUGUCAAAGGAUACCAAGCUUAUUGUGGUAGUCCGUGACCCUGUCACAAGAGCAAUCUCAGACUACACUCAGACCUUGUCUAAGAAGCCAGACAUCCCAUCAUUUGAGAGCCUGACCUUCAAAAAUAGGACUACAGGUCUCAUUGACACAUCAUGGAGUGCUAUCCAAAUUGGCAUUUAUGCCAAGCACCUUGAGAACUGGCUUCAGUACUUUCCAAUGGACCAGAUCCUCUUUGUCAGUGGUGAGAGACUAAUUGUUGACCCAGCUGGGGAACUGGGAAGGGUUCAGGACUUUUUAGGGCUUAAGAGAAUUAUCACAGACAAGCAUUUCUAUUUUAACCAGACCAAGGGCUUCCCUUGUUUGAAGAAAUCAGAAGGCAGUAGCAAGCCUCAUUGCUUGGGUAAAACUAAAGGCAGAACACACCCCAAUAUAAAUCCAGAAGUCAUUCAGAGACUUAGAGACUUCUACAGACCAUUUAAUAUGAAGUUUUACCAAAUGACUGGUCACAGUUUUGGCUGGGAUUGACUGUGACCAUGAUUUCUAAUUACUGUAAUGAUAUGUGAAGUUAUUGCUUAUAUAUAUAUAUAUAUAUAUUAUAUAUAUAUGUAAAGUGUACAGAAAUCUAUUUUAUAAUAAUUUAUUUUUAAUUCUUAAAGCAAUUAAUUCACUAAAGCUGCCUAACCACACAGUGUAGAAAAUGUAGUCCAGAAUGUGUUAACAUUCCACAGAUUGUACACAAGAAUAUUUUCUUCUUGAACUCAUGGUGCUUCCAUUUCAUUGCUCAAGGUUAAGUACUAAACAAAUAACACACGUCUUUUGUUACGGGUAUGUAAUAUCCUCAGAUACUUGUCACUGUUUCACUUAUUGAAGAAUUGAACCUGAAAGAAUUAGGAACCAUUUCAGGCUUGUGCAUAACAGCAAGAGAACUUAAUGACUGACAAAUGAUUUUUCAUAAUCUCCAUUGUGCAGAUGUUAGUGUGUGUUGCAUUUGUUCUUUUUAAAUGAAGCAGCGGUCAGAUUACUGGCCGAAUGAUUACUCCCUGCAUCACGGGAAGCAUGAGGAUAAGGUUUUAUGUAAAUAUGAGAUGCAAAUCUUAGGGGGUUUACCCUAAAGAAAUAGCAGAACAAAGUUACAACAAGGCAGGCUUAUUUUGUAUAAUAUGAGCAGUAUGAGAAACAGGCAAUGUGAAUGUCACAUACUCUGCAAAGGAUCCCGCUUAAAAUGCUGCAUUCCUUUCUUGCACUUUUUAGAGAAACUUACUUAAGUUUUAAUUUAAUUAUCUGUUAACUAGAUAAGUGGACUGAUCCUUAUAAAUCCUUAAUACCAACAAUUGAGGACUAAGGCUAUGAGCUAGUAACAACCUUGUCCUGCACUCUUGGGUUUGAUUCCUUCGGUCUCCAUUUGCCCACCGUGUGACAGUAUGUCUCCUAACCAGCCAGUGCUGCUUGGUCUCCACUAAAAAUGGAUUUCAUCUGGGUCUAUUCUGUCUUCUUGAAUCCCAUGUUUAUGAAACACAUUUGAUUGUACACAGGAGCACAGAGCUGUUUCCCUGAAUAUAUAAAAGAUCAUACCUGGUGUACUUGAGGAUGCAGUGAUUUUGUGCAAAACACACUGCCAAUACAUAAAAAAAUACAUGUUUUCCAGUAGUGAGCAAAAAAAAAAAAAAAAAAAAAAAUUAGUCUAACUUGAGCAAAUUAAAAAUGAGCAAAUUAUGUUUGUGGACAGGAUAGCAAAAGAUUUCAACCCAUUUGGGCAAUGCAGUUACCAAACUAACUAACUAAACAAACAAACAGCAAACAAACAAACAAAUAAAUAAAUAAAUACGAAAGAGCUAAAAAGGGCAUAGGCAGAGCCUGGGAGUCAGCCAGUCAUCAUGUCUUUGGGAAGUGUCUUGAAUCUGAGGUAUCCUCAGAAAACCUAUAAAUAAUGUGAGGUGAAUUUAACCAGUAUUGGAAGGGCAGUACUAAAUCUUAGCUCUGCAGCUCUCAAGCAGUAAGAAACUCAACAAACCAGUCUGCCAACAACAUGCAUGGUGCCAUCCUAGGUUUAGAAACCCAUGGUAUAACUGGCUAAGAUCUAUGGCCAUGCUUAUCCUGUUGAUGCAGGACACAAACUGUAAAUAUGGUGAUGUCUUUUAUCAGACUAAAACAUAUUUCCUUGAAUAAUGCUACAUUAUUUCAUUGAACAUAUGAGUUCAACAUCCUGCACAAAGUUCAGACAUGAUUUUAGUAUGGAUGUGACAUUUGCCAUGACUUUUUAAAGUGCUGCUAUGCUGCUAUACAUCAGGUGUUAGGGCUAUAUAACAGUCAUAAUAAUAUGCAUGCUAAUGUCUAUUGUUCAGAAUACCCCGUGACUUCUUCAUCAUCUGUUUGGUGUUCAAGGCCUCGAAGUACCUCCAUUUUUAUUCCUCAGCUGUAUUGUUUAAUUAAACCUCAAGAAUGAAGUCAUGUUCCAUAAUAAUGGGUCAGGUGGCAAAUGACCAAAGACUAGGUACAACAUGAACAUGUUAACUAAACAAAUUGUGUCAGCCCACCUUGUUCGCAUGUGGCCCAAGAUGUUAGCAUUCAAAAGCAUAUGGAAGAUAUUAAGCUCCCAAGUUCUCAUGGCUGUCAGCAGAGCCUCAGAGGUGAUGUAAGUUGGUCUGGGGUCAUAAAAGCAAGCAGAAAAAAGAACACUGUGUACUGACUUAGCUUACUUAACCUCAUUAUAAAUGGAUCUAAUUGUAAAAAUUCACCUUCAUUUUGGCAAAGCAAUACACAAUUACCUUGUCAAGUAAAGAUAGGUCAAUUUUGUGCUGUCACAUAAAGGUUAGGGGGGCAUUGAGACAUUAUUGAUUGGGCAUGGUUAGGCACACCGAAGGAGCAUGAAAUGUGAAUGCAACAUUCUACCCUGCAUGAACUGUGGCCGAGUUUUCUAGCGACUAAUUUUACUACAAGCUCCAUCAGCCUGGUUAAAUGUUGUGAGAUUUCUAUGAGUUAGAAAAGGUUUAUUGCACUUAGUGUAUCCUUGUAGUAAGGAGCCUUGCUGAGUAUACAGACGGUUUGUUAUGCAAUUAUUUAAUUCAGGAUAAUCCAUACUUUGCUUCUCUUGCAUAAGCAGCAAAAUCAGAAUGCACAUGAGCUGUCUUCCUAUCUGAUGAGUUCUCCAAUAAACUUAGUGAGGCCAUUGUAAAAUAUAUUAAAGUACGGCAUCUGACAGGACUUUAGAUCUGUUAUCAGGUGUCAUUAUUGUGAACUCCUGGUAGCAGCUUUAUAUGUCUGUUUUGAACCAUGAGUGGCAAUGCCGUCGAAGUUUUUACUUUUUAUUCUUUAGUUAACUUUUGUUAUUGUUUUCUUUUUCCUUUCUGAAUCUCUACUUCUUUUAAUUAUUUUAUUCAGUUUUUUUUAUGUUCAUUACAUUUCCUUUCCCCCCUACUUUCACUUUAUUACUGUUAAUAGAAUCUUUCUAAGAAUUUCUGCUUAGUGACCUGAUAAGCAGUAUACUUACAUGGAAAAAAGCCUUUUGACUCAAAUUGAAAUGCUCUUGUGGUAAGGAAGAGUGCAGGCAACCUGCAGAUGGUAGUAGCCGUAGCCAGUUUCUUCAGUGGAAACAGUGCUAGAUAUUUUAGAAAGGUCAGCCAUGUGACUGUAGAAAACGCUAGAUCAGAACAAUCUUGGGCCAGUCACCAAACUCAAGCAGCUUGUUUGCAAACCUGUCAGGCCACUCAUAUUUGCGAUUUUGUUUGCCUGCAGUACCAGGGUUUUCGUGUGUUUUUCCCAAAGUGUGAUUCAUGACUUCCAAAAAUGAAGCUUGCAUUUACCUUAAGCAUUUUCCCGUUUCCUCUUCAUUCUCAAAAAUGUUAAUCUUACUUUGAGGCAGUUAAAAAAUGGCAUAAUUGUACAA